AUGCCGUAUCCAGAUAAUGUCCCAUUCAUACCUGGACUUGAUCUAUGUGAACGAUUUUUCUUCGAUCUUGUUAAACCAUUACUUGACAAAGACUAUCCAUCACUCGAAUAUGUAGCUUGUCGACUUGGAGAAGGUUCUGAUGUGCUUGGUUUCGAUACGAAUCAAUCUCGGGACCAUGAUUGGGGACCGAAAUUCGAUCUUCUCCUUGAAGAUGAACAGCAUAUUGAUGAAUUAAACACAUUUUUCAGCAAACACUUACGUGGAAAACUUAUUUGUGGCUAUUCCACACAAUUUCAACGAUUCACGGAACAAGACGGGGCUACUACUCUGAUUAAUACUCCAGAUGACGAUGAAAGUACUUGUCAUGGUAUCCGUAUUAUGACAAUGAAACAAUUCUUUGUCAGCUAUCUUGAUUGGCAAAUUGGAACUGGCGAGCCAACGCUUGAAGAUUGGUUAACAUUUCCAAGUCAGCAUCUAUUGACUAUCGUUCGAGGUCGUGUUUUUCAUGAUUGCAGCCGUUUGAAUAUAGCUCGCAUUCGAACACAACUGGCUUACUAUCCGAAAGACGUUUGGUUGUAUUUAAUCGGCUGCUGUUGGCAACGUAUAGGUCAAGAAGAACAUUUGAUGUGUCGUGCUGGACAAGCCGAAGACGAACUCGGUUCAGCCAUCAUUGCCAGCCGACUGAUACGCGAUGUCAUGCGACUUACUUUUCUCCUAGAAAAACAGUACUGUCCAUAUGCAAAAUGGUUUGGUACUGCAUUUCGGCGAUGUACUACACAUGGUUCAUCGCUGGAACCCAUACUACGACAGGUACAACUAGCACAAACGUGGCAAGAACGUGAACAGUAUAUCAAUCAAGCAUAUGAGCGAUUGGCACUGCUAACUAAAGAAAAACUAUCGGAUAUAAUUGAUUCAACGAAAUAUUCGAUCUCUAGUGAAAUAAGUCAAUUUCACGGUCGACCAUUCUACGUAAUAAAUGGAGGUGCAAUUGCUGAUAUCACAUUUGCUCAGAUCGAAAAUGCUCAAAUUCGACAAUUACCACGAAUUGGUAGUACUGAUUUAUUUAUCGACAAUACCGAUGCAAUGCUUUCUGAAUUACGUUUGAAAAUGAAACGAAUCUUUCAAUAA